AUGGGCGAAGCAGCAGUACCGCCUGAGCUAGACACCGAUCCAGCAGCAAAGAUGGCUCAGACAAACCCUCUGCCUGUUCCCAUGGGCCCGUGGAAGAGCGUUCGGAGCAGAGGCCGGGAGAACCACCAGCCACAGCCCUGCCACCCGCCCGUCCCAGAACGGCUCCGCUCCUCUCUCCAGACGGCACCGCUGCCCCGGGAACUGAUCUCCGCAGGGAUCACCGUGUACGACCAAGAAAACUUCCAGGGCAAGAGGAUGGAGUUCACUUCGGCCUGUCCAAACAUCAUGGAAUGUGGCUUCGACAACAUCCGCUCCCUGAAGGUGGAAUGUGGCGCCUGGGUCGGUUACGAGCACACCGGCUUCUGCGGGCAGCAGUUCAUCCUGGAGAGGGGAGAGUACCCGCGCUGGGACGCCUGGAGCGGCAGCAACGCCUACCACAUCGAGCGCCUGAUGUCCUUCCGGCCCGUCUGCUCCGCUAAUCACAAGGAAUCCAAGAUCACCAUUUUUGAGAAAGACAACUUCAUCGGCCGCCAGUGGGAGAUUGCUGAUGACUACCCCUCGCUGCAGGCCAUGGGCUGGGCCAACAACGAAGUGGGCUCCAUGAAGAUCCAGUGCGGCGCCUGGGUGUGCUACCAGUAUCCCGGGUACCGUGGCUACCAGUACGUCCUGGAGUUUGACCACCACGGCGGAGACUACAAGCACUGGAGAGAGUGGGGUUCACACGCCCAGACCUCCCAGAUCCAAUCCAUCAGGCGUGUCCAGCAGUAGCUCCCCACUUCCCAGUACAUCUCUGCAAGGUUUCGAAAGCUCACCAGCUCCCUCUUGGUGCUAAUACUCCCCUCCCGAAAUAACCACCCCCUCUCGUACUGCCACUGCUUAUGGAACAACACUCCCAAAACGGUACCGACUGCCACAACUGCCAAUAAAUGUGACUGAAAGAAAAAGAUAAAUCA